AAUAAUUAUGUACUCUGGAAUUGCAAUGAGGAUAGCUGGGGAAAGCCCCUGCUGGGACUGGACAGACAAAACCGACAUCAUAAAGAAGCGUUCGAUUUUUUUCGUCCAAAAAUUUAAAAAAUUAGCAAUAUCUACAUGGAUGACAAUUUGUCGGGUAGGGCAAGAAGAUUCGUCUCGGGUUUUCCACUCACUCAAAGUAGGGUUUUCUUUGACAUUAGUUUCUUUGUUGUAUCUUUUGGAGCCGUUAUUCCAAGGUAUCGGUCAGAACGCCAUUUGGGCUGUCAUGACUGUUGUCGUUGUGCUCGAGUUCACUGCUGGGGCAACAUUAUGCAAAGGCUUAAACAGAGGGAUUGGCACUUUGCUAGCUGGAUCACUUGCUUUCUUGAUUCAAUACAUCGCCGAAGAAUCUUCUCACAUAUUCCGCGCUAUCUUCAUCGGGACUGCAGUUUUUGUUAUCGGAAGUGCCGCAACAUACAUGAGAUUUUUUCCGUACAUAAAGAAGAACUACGAGUACGGAGUAGUGAUAUUUCUGUUGACAUUCAAUUUGAUAAUCGUGUCAAGUUAUCGAAUACAUAACGUGCUUAAGAUAGCGCAAGAACGGUUUUAUAUGAUAGCCAUAGGAUGUGGAAUAUGUCUCCUUAUGAGCCUUAUUGUCUUCCCCAAUUGGUCAGGCCAAGACCUUCAUCAUUCCACAAUCUCUAAGCUUGAGGGAUUGGCAUUUUCAAUUGAAGCGUGCGUAAAUGAGUACUUUAGCAACGAAGACCGAAAAGCAGCCAAAGAUACAACAUUAGAGGAUCCUAUUUAUAAGGGGUAUAAGGCUGUUCUUGACUCUAAAUCCAGUGACGAGACCUUGGCAAUGCAUGCAAGUUGGGAGCCAUGCCAUUCAAGGUACUGUUACAGGUUGCCAUGGCAGCACUAUGUAAAGUUGGGUGAAGUUCUCCGACGUUUCGGAUACACAGUCGUCGCUCUACAUGGAUGCCUUCAAACUCAAAUUCAGACUCCACGGUCGGUUCGAGCUCUUUUCAAAGAUCCGUGCAUCCGAGUCGCCGGAGAAGUAUCGAAAGCACUAAUAGAACUAUCCGAGAGCAUACAAAACCGCCGCCAGUGCUCGCCGGAGAUCAUCUCCGACCACCUCCACGAAGCCCUACAAGACCUCGACGCCGCCCUCAAAUCCCAGCCAAGACUCUUCCUCGGCCCCAACACCGCCACCAAGAACAUGCUAACCUUUGCCGCCGUCACCCACAAGUCCUCCACCACCACCAGAGGAGGAGGAGUCUCGUUGGCAAGUGUCAAAACCGAUUCAUCCGCACUCCUACAAUGGAAGUCGAAAAGGGCCGCUAAGGAACAAGCCAAUAAUAAUGAUUCUCUUCGGCCGACUUUAAGCAAGAUUGCUAUGAUCACAAGCCUAGAGUUCUCCGAAGCGCUUCCGUUUGCCGCCUUUGCUUCGUUGCUGGUGGAGGCUGUGGCGAGGCUUGAUCUUGUUAUCGAUGAGGUUGAAGAAUUGGGGAGGGUCGCUAAUUUCAGAGAGUUCAAUACAUGUGAUGCUGAUCAAGUCACUAAAACUUGUACAAAACCUACUACACCAUUGCACAACCAUUUGCCUUCCCAUGGAGUAGAUUGAUCAUAAAUAUUAUUUAGGGCAAAUUACGAAGAAAAAAAAAACUCUUGUUUCGGUAAUUGCAGACACCCCCUCCUUUUAAAUAUUUUUACAUAAGAUUUAUGUAAUUCGGUUAUUUACC